AUGUUGUUGAUCUGGGCAGUUGUCCUGCUAGUAGCACCAGCAGUACAUGGUCAUGAUAAAGACUCUGAUCAUUGGUGUGGCCAUGAUAUGCAGCACCCGGCCACGCACGUCCUUCAACAUGUUGAUUAUGAAACCAGCAAGUUGAUGAAUAGUGUUUCAUGGGGCCCUCUGAGGAUAUACACCGACACUUCAUCGCUUCUGACAGACUUUUCAGGGGAUCAGCAAAGACUUGCUACGGCUCAAUCCCUUGUCGGCUUUGUUGGUCAAUUCUUUGCCUCGGUUUUGAAAACUCGACAAGUUUCUGGCAAUUUGACUAUAUCGAACACAUCUACUUGUGGAGAAAUCACCGUUCCAAUGAAUCAUGCCGUUUAUGGAUUGCCAAACACGGAUAUAGUACUUUACUUCUCGAUGAAGAACUCAUCUGUGUGCAGCUCUGGGAACUAUAUAGCACAUGCUAUUCAUUGUCUUCAAGAUCAACAAGACAGGCCGCUGGCCGGCAACAUUAAUUUAUGCCCAUCUACUAAUUGGGCAGCGAAUCUUGUCGAAAGUGACUCGUGGGGUGUUCAGAGUACCAUCCAAACUUUAGUCCACGAAUCGACCCACGUUUUGGGUCUCUCGUCAGCCCUCAUACCAUACUAUCGCGACCCUAGUGGUAAUCCAUACACUCCUCGAGAUGCCGCCGGACAUCCUGUCACUGACACGACUGGUGCAUUUGCUAUUCCAUCGCAAUAUAAAAUCCAGGACACAGAACGAGGUGUUGCUGUAACGAAAUAUGCCUUCCCUAUUUCUUUGAGCAAGGCCAGACAAUGGUCUGGAUGUCCUACGCUUAAUGGUGUUGAGAUGGAAUCGCAAUGGGGUGCGUCGACGGCGGGUUCGCACAUUGAGAAGAGAGUUUACAGCUCAGAUUAUAUGACUGGACAAACUAUAGUUGGCGUAGAUUCGGGCAAUGAAAUAUCGCUCGCGUUCUUGGAAGACUCUGGAUGGUACCAAGUCGAUUACACCUAUGCCACAAAUCCACCAUUAGGACAAAACGCAGGGUGUGGAUUCAUGAGCUCUUCCUGUUUAUCAACACCAACAGGAAGCAAUUUAGUGCUACCUUCAAUACCUGCUUUUUGCAAUGGAACAAAUCCAGAUCGCUGUGCAGCUGGAAGAUAUGCUCGAGGAUACUGUGGUGUUACUUCACCUUCAAAUGGAGCGACACAAGUCCCUGCUGAGUAUCGCUAUUUUAAUUCUGCGAUCCCAGUCAAUCUCACUGCGUCGCAGUUCGAAGGAGGGUACGUCCCUCUCAUGGAUUACUGCCCAACGUACCUUCCAUUCGGUACCUUCUCAAGCACCGCAGGCACCAACUCUGAUUGUCGGUACGCCUCGAAUACACCCUCCAGCAACACACAUGGAGAAACAUAUGGUUCAUCAUCGAGAUGCUUUGACCACACCCUUGGAUCACCAUCGUCGGCAUCCUCGUCCGGAUGCUUUAGUGUGAAUUGCCAAGGUGACGCUCAAGGCAAUACUCAAUAUUCAGUAACUGUCAACGGUGGAUCGAUAGAUUGUGGCGCUGGUGGCUUGAAUGCUGCUGCACCGUGGUUUGCUUCUGGUAGUCUGUAUUGUCCUCCUGCUGCUGAGGUUUGCCCAAGCGGUACAUCCGUUGGAUGUCUAAAUGGGUGCUCAGCAAGAGGCACAUGUCGAGUUAACGCCAAUGGUCCGUACUGUGUCUGCAAACCUGGCUUUAACGGGCCAGACUGCUCGUCUUCUGGAUUUGCAUUUGUUGUCGCUGGUACUGUCGUAUCAAAAUCUACAGGAUCGGUUAAUGGAUCUACUGGUACCAGCCCCGUCAUAAUUAUCAUUGCUGUGGUGGCCAGCUUGAUGAUGUUGAUUGGUUGUGGUGUCGCAGCCUUCUUUCUUAGAGCUGGUCGGCCAAGGAAGGGCAAACAUCAAGCAUCUGUCGGUCCAUCUCCUACUAGCGCUGUUACAAUGAAUAUUCGUAAUCCCGCUCAAGCCUCUACCAUUGCUAGACCAAUCGCUGCUGUAACUGCUACUACUGCUAGACCUGCUACUGCCGCAUAA